AUGCAAAAGGUAAUCGGCGAGGUACCGUCGUCUAAAAACACCGGCGAAUUUUUCGAAUAUAUUGUAAAGAACGACGAACUUGUAAAAAAGGCGUACGAAACGAUAAUUAAAAGUGGUAUUAUAUCGGCCCGCAAAACCUUUAACAAAUUAUGGGUUAUUAACGUCAUUAGCGACUAUUCAAUUAUUAGCACUUUCCUCCCGUUGUUAUUUAAAUCGCCAAAUUCGAAAAUAAUAUUUAACAUUAACGGGGUAUCCCCCUGGUUAACGUGGCCAAUUCGUCCGCCUCCGGCAGGCGUAUCCAAACCGGUCGGCAUUAUUUCGUAUCGCGCAUUCAAAAUUGCUUUUAAUAUAAUAAUGUUCGAAUGGGUAGGGAUAUUUAAAAACGGCGUCGUAAAGGGUGGGGCGGUCGUUCCGGGAUUCUUUACUACCGAUAUUGGCGAAAGUAACCCCAAAGCCAUAAGAGAAAUGGGUGCUGGCGACCCCGCUGUCAGUGGCAAGGUUUUGGUCGACGUGGUGGAAGGUAAAUAA